UAGGCGUGCUCAGCCACACCUCUCCAACCUCCAGCUGUUAAAGUUCCCAAGGAGGGCGAGCACAGGGCUGCUGCUCGGCCAGGCUUGCAAACGAGAAGGUGUCCGUGUUCCUCGUUUGGAGGGAACUCGCCUCUUCUAGCCAGAGCUUCCCUGUUGCCUUCUCCAGCAGGACCCAAAAAGCUUUGGGGAAGCAUUUUGCAAGGAGUUUAUCCAAGAAGGCAAGAAGAUGACCUCACCUCCCCGAGGCUGUGGCAGCAUCAAUGAAAGCUAUUACCUGCUUUGUGACAUGGAGGAGGCCUGGGGGAUUGUCCUGGAGUCACUGGCUGUGGCUGGCAUCCUUGUCACCAUUUUCCUCAUCUGCUCACUCUUCUUUCUCAUCUGCAAAGUCCAAGACAACAGCAAGCGGCACACGCUCUCUGUCUAUUUCUUCUUUCUCUUAGGCACGCUUGGUGUUUUUUGUCUCACUUUUGCCUUCAUCAUUAAACUCAAUGAAAGGACUCGCCCUACUCGCUUCUUCCUAUUUGGAGUCAUCUUUGCUCUUUGCUUCUCAUGCCUCCUGGCCCAUGCGUGCAACCUCAACAAACUAGUGAGAGGAAGAAAGCCAUUCUCCUGGCUGGUGUUGCUGCUCCUCAUUGUUUCCUUUGCCCUGGUACAAAUUGUCAUCAAUAUUGAGUAUUUAGUCACCAUGCUAGUAAACCAGAGAGAGGACUUUCUGACUAUGUCUGCAGAGAAGACUAACAAAGACUUUGUCAUGCUUUUGAUCUACGUGCUCUUCUUGAUGGCUCUGACCUUCUUGGUUUCCAUGUUCACAUUCUGUGGGUCAUACAAAAGCUGGAAGAGGCAUGGGGCACAUAUCUUUGUCACUGUCUUGCUCUCCAUUGCCAUUUGGGUAGUGUGGAUCACUAUGCUCACAAAAGGCAACACAGCCUUAAACAAAAAAACCUGGGAUGAUCCUGUUGUGGCCAUUGCUCUGGUGUCCAAUGGAUGGGUCUUCCUGAUAAUGUAUAUUGUGCCUGAAAUUUGUUUCCUCACUGCCCCUCUGAAGCUGGAGGACUACCCUCCAGAAAACGACUUCUGCCAGCCCAAGUUCAUAAAGCAGACAACUGGAGUGGACAACCGUGCCUACACCCAAGAUGAACUUGUGCAAGGAAACACAGGAGACAACAGCUACUCCCCAUACUCUUCUCAUUUUCAGAUGAAGACCAUCGAUCCCCAAAAUGAUUUUUCCAUUCCUCGGGCCAAAGCCCAGACAAGCCCGUACCAUGACUACACUGGUGGGAAAGGCCCCAUGUAGCAGUUCCACAGUGAGCAAAAAGGCUAAGUGCCCAUCAGCAGAGGCAUGGGAAAUGGGUCACAUGAUGACAAGUGAGUCAUCCGGCAAAAGAGACAGAAUCAACACACACUGGCAGAAGAGAAGAGGGGUCCUCUUUUCCCCACACACCUUGUAAGCCCCUCUCAUUCCUCACGCACAGCUUUCAGACACAUCCUGGUCUUGCUCACUCUUUUUCUCUGUGGUAUGGAGCUCAUUUCUUCUGACAGAGGAACGUGCUGGGAAGAGCCUGUCCUGGACUAUUUUCAACAGGAAUGCUGUAGGGCUAGAGCAGCAGGAAGCUGAUCAGCUGGGUUUGCGACUAUCUCUGCCCCAGCCAGGACUUGCUUUGAUAGCUUGUGUGUAUGCCUGCACCCUGUGUGUGAUGGGAGAAGAGGAAGGAACAGAAGCAUCAGCCCCACUCCUGCACACCCAUGAACACAUCUCCAAUACUACUGAGAACACCCUUAUCAAUACACCAUUUCUUUUGUGCCUGCUCCCGUCCUUUCCUGGCCUUCCUGCAGACAGCAGAAAAGAAACAGGGAGGGCUGGGAAAAUUUUUCUUUUUCUCCUCUUCAUGUUCACUUCCAGCCCCUUCCUCAUCACCUGGGGACCACCUACAGUGAAGAGGGGAGAGAAGAUCUAAAGACAUGAAAAUAUCUACCCAUAUUUACUUUGACAUGUUUUCUGAUUGCACUGUAGCAUCAUCCCCCUUUCUAGCUUGGGCUCCUGACCAAGCACCCCAAGGUGCCUGUCUAACCUGCAAAUCCUCACUCCCCACCCUAUAACCCCUGACUGUGGAUCCCUGCAGACAAAACCCCUUCUGUGCAGCUGCUUCCAAUAACCUGGUGGCAUUUAAUCCCAUGCACUUUGGAGCCCUGCCUGCUCCAGAGUGUGUCUGUGGCAUUAACACAAACAUUUUUCAAGCAGCCAGCUUAAGGAAGGCGGAUGCCCUUGUUCCAGGAGUGAAUGAACAUGAGUGUGUGUCUGUGUGUGCUGUGUGGACUGCACCCUGGUGAUGAGCAAUGAGUCUGCAGAGUUGAAUCAUUCUGUAGCCUGCUUUGCAUUUGUUAAAUAGGUUUCUAUGAUAUUUCAUAUAGAAAUGCAUAGAGCUCUCCAAGUGGGUGUGUAUGAUACACUGGUGUCUGACACAGCUGUAUAUUUAUUUAGUACUUUGUACGUAGAAUAUUUACUAAAAGCCAGAGAGCCUGACUACGAGAGACUGGUGCUCUUCUCAGGAAUGUGGUUCCUCUAAUGGCUGGUGGAGUGGCAGCAACAACUCUCCAUGGGUUGGACUGGGUCACCUGGGAGAUUGCAGCUUAGGGGACUCUGUCGCUCUGGGCAAGAGUUCAGCUGCUUGAAGGUGCAGAAGACAGUUACAGUUUCUCUGUGCUACUUUUCUUGAAUGAAGCAAGAUGAUUCAAUGUUUUAAGCAUUUAAGAAAUAUGAAUCCAAGCACCAAACGCAAGAGGAAAGAUAGGACCUUUUCAUUCUGUAUGUAUCUGUGUCUGCUGCAUCUAUAUUCCAGUAUUUAUUUACUUGUAUUGUGCUGGGUUCAUGCAUAAUCAAGAAUAGGAAAGGAGCUUGUAGGUAUUCAAUUCAGCUGGCAAAAAUCUGUCUUUCCAAUGUUCUGCAGACAUGUAAUAUUUUUUUUUGAAAGAAGAAACAAUAUCAAAGCAAAAUAAUGAUUAUGAUG